AUGGCUUUCCAACAGCAGAACGGAGUGGGGCCGCCACCUUGGCCACCACAGAAACACGCACAAGCAUACCCACCAAACGCCUUCCAGAAGCAACACGGCCAAGCGUACGCUCAAGGCGUUCCUCAGAAGCCACCCGGCCAGGUGUACCCUCAUGGGGCUCCCCAGAAGCUACAUGGGCAGGCAUAUCCUCCAGUCCCUCUUCAGAAGCCACACGGUCAUGCAUACGCUCCAGCGGCGCCCCCGAAAGCACAUGGCCAAGCGUACACCCCGGGCGCUCCUCCGAAACCACAAGGCCAGGCAUACGCCCCUACCACUCUACAGAAGAAACACGGCCAAGCAUUCCCCCCAGGCGCUCUUCAGAAGCAACGUGGUGUUGCGACGGCACCAAAGGGGCCAACGGCGCUUACUGUGCUGACGCAGCUUGGCGCCGCAAUCCCGCAGAACUCCACAUUCAACUUUCACUUUGAUCCCCGCACAAAUGGUCUGGUCAGGGUUGAAGUAAACCCUCCCAACCAACCGAUUCAGAACGCCAAACAGGUGUUCAAGUGGGAGAGGGACGAGAGAAUGAACAUGAACCGCAGGUGGAACCCGAACAUGAGAUGCUGGAUUUACCAGGACGGCUCUUGCUUCUAUCCGGCAUAA